CUCAGGUUUUCUGUUCUGGAUUUGAAGAAACUUGUUCCUUUGAGCAGUUUUACUGACCCUGGAUCAGUUUUUGGUGUAGAAAUCAAACAGAAUUAAUUUCAUCAGUAUUUUUUAUCGAUCAGGCCAGAGCUGCAGCAAUGCAUCACUUAAUUUCUUUACUGUUAGUCAUUCUUGGGCUGCAUGUGAGCAUUCAGUCAGUUACAGUAAGAGUGUCUAAGCCAAGAAAAUACAGAUCAGUGCUGACUGUGUCUAAUGGAAUGGACUGGGGGUCGUGGGGGUCUAAGGAAAUCUGUCCAACUGGAAUGUAUGCUGCAGGGUUCAGUGUAAAGGUGGAAGAACUUUCCUAUAUCCCUUGGGAUGAUAACACUGCACUCAACGGGAUUCGCCUUCACUGCAUCGAUCCGUCCAAAGCCUUAACAGUCAUAUAUCACGACUACGCCUCAGUUCAGUCAGAAGUAGGAAGCUGGGGUCAAUGGACAAAAAUCAGAUGGUGUCCUUUUGGAUUCUUGACUGCUUUUCAGCUGAGAGUCAAAUCCUCCCAAGGAAUUGAAGACGACACGGCCGCAAACAACAUCAGGUGAACAUG